AUGGAGCAUCACUACAGGAUUGAUGUGUUUUUGGCAACGGUUGAUUCUCAAAUACUUGAAAUGAAGAAUAGGUUUAAGGAAGAUGUAAUAGAGUUGCUUAUUCUUAGUUCAGCAUUGCACCCCAAAGAUAAUUUUCAGGCUUUCAAUAUUGAACAAAUUUGUCAACUUGCAAACAAGUUUUAUUCAGCUGACUUCACAGAUCAAGAGAAGUUACACUUAAGAACUCAAUUAGAGCUUUUCCAGAUUGAGUUUUCCUGUAAUUCUCAGCUUCAAAAUUUGUCAUCACUUCAGGAGUUGUGCCAAGUGUUAGCGAAGACAAAAAAGUCAAUGUGCUAUACUCUUAUUGAUAGAUUGAUUCGUCUUAUUUUGACUCUUCCUGUUUCAACAGCUACAACAGAGCGUGCAUUUUCUGCUAUGAAAAUCAUCAAGACUUGUUUGCGUUCUAGGAUGGAGGAAGAUUUUCUUGCCAACUCUAUGAUAAUGUAUAUUGAGAAAGAAAUUGCUAGAACUUUUGAUACUCGCCCCCCAAAGUUAAUUCCUAGCUCCGCCACUGGAAAUGGAGGUCUUCUAUUGGAGAAACAAUUAUCUGCUGCAGAUGGUGCUAUUGAAAAAACUAGAAUUUUCAUUUCUAGGGAAUUGGAGGCGGCCACUGAUGGAUUCAGCGAAAGUCGAAUAGUUGGUCAAGGUGGCCAAGGUACAGUAUAUAAAGGGAUCCUAGCCGAUGGAAGAAUUGUGGCAAUCAAGAAGUCGAAGGUCGACAAAAGCCUACUGGAGCAGUUCAUCAACGAGCUCGUCAUUGUUUCGCAAGUUAAUCACAGGAAUGUGGUAAAACUUCUGGGUUGUUGCUUGGAGACAGAAGUUCCUCUGCUUGUCUAUGAAUUUAUCCCUAAUGGAACCCUAUUUAACCUCAUUCAAAACGACAAUGAGGCUGAAUCCUUCCCUUUUACUUGGAGCUUGAGAUUAAAAGUAGCCACAGACGUAGCAGGAGCAUUGGCAUACCUACACUCGGGGCUUACAAUUCCAGUCUUUCACGGGGAUAUCAAGUCCACCAACAUAUUGUUGGAUGAAAAAUACACAGCUAAAGUAUCAAACUUUGGAGCUUCAUUGUCCAUUGCAGUUGACAAAACCCACAUGACCACUCGAGUCCAAGGGACUUUCGGCUACAUCGAUCCAGAAUAUUUCCUGUCGAGCCAAAUUACUGACAAAAGUGACGUUUAUAGCUUUGGGGUGGUUCUUCUUGAGCUCCUAACAAGACAAAAGCCCAUACCUUCCAGAGGAGAAGGAGAAGAUGUCUAUUUAGGAUUGGCACAGAGGUUUCUGACAUCCAUGGAAGAGAAUUCUCUUCCAACGAUUCUUGAUCCUCAAAUUAUAGAUCAAACAAAUGAAGGGGAGGUCAUUGCUGUUGCUAAACUAGCACAGCGAUGCAUAGACUGGGAUGGAAGGAGGAGACCAACUAUGAAGGAAGUUUCCAUCCAGUUGGAAAACAUCAAAAUGUCCAGAGGGGGUUUAACUAUUCAAGAAAAUUAUCAAAGUCCAAGUUGUACCGACGAAGAAGCUGUUGUGAUGAGUGAUGUUUACGACGCAUGGACUAUUGGAAGUGAGAACGUUAAGUCAACUUCAGAUGCCUACGCGGUAUUGAACAAUACAAUCAAAUUCAGCGCUGGCGGGAAAAUGACAGGGCUGGAAAGCGCAACGGAUCUUCUGUCCCACACCCUAUCCCACUCACUGUCCCACUUUUUAUUAUAUUGCUAUUUCUGGUACAGAUCAUACAUGGAUGAGUGGAACUGAGACCGUUAGGUCAGAUUCAAGUGUCAAACCCUUAGAUGUCUAGUACAGUCGAAUUCAGAACUCAUAAUCGUUGACUAUGAGCAUAUAACCUGUUAUGGAGUGGCAUCUUGUAUCAAUGGUAUCAAUGGCAGAGAUUGUGGCAGAGGUUAUGGGAAAGAUUGUGGCAGAUAUUAUGGGAAAGAUUAUGGCAGAUUAUAUGGCAGAGGUUAUGGGAAAGAUUAUGGCAGAUUAUGACAGACAUUAUGGCUAAAAUCUGUAUAUAUUUCUACCUAGAAUAGAAAAUCAGUUACAAUAGCUGUAUAUUAGGUCAAUCAAUCAAGUAUAUAUAGGGGUUUAUCAAGAAUAGAUUGUACAGGAAUUCUUAUUUAAUAGAAAGGACCAGGAAGAGGAAAGGGAUCCGAUUCCAGUCAAUUUACUCAAAUUUUGUCAUGGUAUCAGAGCCUACCUUUUGAAUCUAUAAGAUAUUUUGAGUAUUUUUUUUCUAUAGCUUUUUUGGGUUGAUUUCUAAUCAACAUUCUGGUUUUGAUAUUUCUUAGUUUAUCAAUCUAUGAUUUCGGAUUUGCAUUUGAGUUUUGUUAAAGAUGGCUGCUGAGAAUUCUUUUGGAAGACAAUCUGCAGAGACUUUGGGUAUCAGACUUACAGGGAAGAAUUAUGCAACAUGGGAAUUUCAAUUCAGAAUGUUUCUGAAAGGGAAGGAGCUUUGGGGUCACAUUGAUGGGUCUUCUACUGCUUCUGGAACUGAGAAAGAAAUAAGUCAAUGGGAAUCAAAUGAUUCACGAAUUAUUUCAUGGAUUUUAGCAUCCAUUGAACCUCAUAUGGUGAACAGCUUACGUUCAUUUAAUACUGCAAAGGAGAUAUGGAAUUUUCUAAAACGCAUAUAUCAUCAACACAACACUGCAAGACGAUUUCAGCUUGAACUUGAUAUCAGUAAGUUCAGUCAAGGAGGCCUUAGCAAGCUUUCAAAAAGUUCAUCAAGUUAGCAUGCGUGAUCAGUUUUUGAUGAAACUGAGGCCAGAAUUUGAGACUGCUCGGGGUGGAUUGCUGAAUCGAAAUCCAGUUCCUUCUUUGGAUGUGUGUGUUGGUGAAUUGUUACGGGAAGAACAAAGAUUGGCUACACAGUCAAUUCUAAGUGCAGAUGGUGGGACAUCAGAGGUUGUCAAUGUUGCUUAUGCUGCACAAGGAAGGAAUAGAGGAAAGGGACAAAUGCAGUGCUACAGCUGCAAGGAGUUUGGCCAUAUUGCUCGCAAUUGUGGUAAGAAAUUCUGCAGUUACUGUAAGCAAAGUGGACAUAUUCUCAAGGAAUGUCCUACACGUCCGGAAAACAGGCGAGCCCAAGCUUUUCAAGCUACUGUUCCAGAUGCUCCUGUUAUUGGUCCUACAUCUACAACCAGCCAGACUGUUAUGACCCCAGAAAUGGUCCAGCAGAUGAUUCUUACUGCAUUUUCUGCCCUUGGACUUCACGGUCAAGGACCAGAUGUCGGGGAAGGUAAUCGCGAAGGGGCCUAGAGUGGGAAGAUUAUUUCCAUUGCAAAUU